UACAUGCAUCUUUUAUUCAUACGUUAUCGGGUAACAAUAUUUAUAUCAUGUUUCUACUCUGUUUUCUAAUAACAUCAUUUUGUAAACAUAAUAGUGAUAGGAGAUAGAGCGGGUCGUCCACUAACCAGAAGAUCGGGGGGUUGAUCCCAGUCUCCCACAUUCUGUGCGCCAAAGUGUCCUUGGGCAAGAAACAGAACAGGCUCAGACAGCGUGAGUGAUGUGUGAUAGAGAAAGUGCUGCACAUAGAUAAUUGUGUGAAUCAGUGAAAAGCAAAACCGUCCUGUCAAGCGCUUUGAGGGGAUUAGAAAAUACUAUAUAAAUACAGACCCUUUUCCAUAAUGUACUUGAUAAAGUGCUUACAUUACGCUGUGCUGUACUGUGACAUCAUUAUCAAUAGUAUUGAUUGAGGAAUAUGAACUAGCACACUGUUGAUCCACAAUAUCAUUCUCAGAAGAUGGAGCCUUGUGCAGGCUACACGGCCGCUGGCUAGAGUUACCUGUGUGAAAGGGACACCUGCAGCUCUCGAUCACGUGAUGACAUGUGACACAGAUACAGGCUCAGGAGAGGCCCACUGCUGCUGCACACAACAUCCUUGAGCAGCAGCAUAAGACUCCACUUCAGGUCAACUGUGGAUCUAUUCGCAACCUGCGUCCAGUAAAUUUACAGGAUUUAUUUUGCACAUUAUUUCCCCUGUGCUUUCGCUGCAUAAAUCUUUGCGAGGGCAUUUAUUUUCACCAUGACUGUAAAGCAUCUCUCGCUGGAGUACAACAAGCUGAAUGAACGAGGGACCUUCUCCCCAGGGGACGUCAUCUCUGGAAAGGUGACCGUGCAGACCAACAAGGAAACCAAAGUGCAGCGUUUCCUGGUCAGAGCAAAAGGAAAAGCUGAGGUGACGUGGUGCGAACAAGAAGGACAAACCACAGUGGUUCAAAGUGACAAGAGGAAAUACUUUUAUUUUGAACAUAUUAUUCUCCAGGAUAAAAACAAAGGAGAUGGUUCAGAAAUCAUCAGCCCCGGGAGAAACGUGUAUCCUUUCACCUUUGUGAUUCCCAAUAGGGACAUGCCCUCGUCUUAUGAGGGGAAAUGGGGCAAGAUCGCCUAUAGUCUACGAGCGCAGCUGACUCAGUCCAUCUGGCUCGUCCACAAAACCAAGAUGGAGUUUCCUUUCCUCACCAAGUCUGAGUUCCCCUUUGCCUCCAGAUCAGAGACGAUAAUCAUCGGACUCAAGGAACAGCAAAGUGCGACCACGAUUUCAUUUUACGGCCUUGGAAAGGUGACCAUGAAGGUUACCUCUGAGAAAAUGGGAGUGAAGCAAGGAGAGGCGAUGGGGGUUUCUGUAGAUGUGCUCAACGACUCAGCGCGCACAGUAACACCCAAAUUCUACCUCUGUGAGAAGCAGACCUUUGUCGCUCAGUCGAAAAGGACCGUGCACACAAACGACGUGCUCUUCGGGACAGGAGACUCUGUUCCGGCCGAGACGAGUCACGUCGUAACCAAAGUUCUGAGUAUCCCUCCACAGACGCCCCCCACCUUCUUCAACUGCUGCAUGAUGAAACUCGAGUACAGACUCAAGGUCACUCUCGAUGUACCGCUGGCAAGAGACCCGGAGAUCAAACUUCCUCUGGUCGUCCUGCAGGGUUCACCAAAGCCACAUCAACAAAAACCAAAGAGAUCCAUCUGGUUCAGGAAACUUCCUGGUUAAAAAGGAUGCAUUGGCUCAGGAGAGGGUGGCACAUGUGCUGUAUGACAUGGAGAGACAGGACUUAGAAUAACAACCCAGUAACUCUGCCUGUCUCUGGGAGAUGUUCAAACUACAUCAAACUCCUGAGAAUCUGCUCCAUGUUCUCUUGACCACUAGAUGGAGAUGUGCCACUAAGUUAUGUGCCAGUAACAGCUGAUUCAUUUAUAUGAGAGGAUUUGAGCACUGUAAUCCAAGUACUGGCUCCAAAAUAUACAAAUAUACAAAAAGUAACCUGAGGUAAAAGUCUUGCAUUUUAAACUAUGCUUAGAUAAAAAUAUGGCAGUACUAUCAUCUAAAUAAUUUGUCAAGUCCAAGCACUAAUUCUUAUAUAUUAUCAUUAGAUAUUAGAUCAUUGAUAUAAUGCUUUAAUGCAUUUUUAGUCUGUUCAAACAACUUUAUUUAGGUAGUUUGCCUCAAUGGUUCCAGGGUCAGAGAUCUCCAGCGACUCAUGAGAUGAUUAAUGAGGUGGGGAAGCAGAAAAAACAAAUCUCUGCUUUUCUGGGGUUUUCUCUAUUCUUUGCCUUUUGUACAACAUUGGAAAAUGUUGAGCCUCAAGCUGUUUGUUAAAUGAAACCAUGUGAGAAGUUUAGAUGGGAAAUGUCUCAGCUAACAACUCACUGACAUCUGCAAAUAACAAGGGACCCCGUGUCGAUGUUGCUUUUUUAUUUAUUUAAAAGGGUCACAAGCCCAAACAUCCUGGGCACCUCUGGUUAAUCAAUAAGCAUCAGUUGUAUAAGUUAACUAUUUAAUUUAUGUUUUCAUUUGAAUUUGAAUUUGAUUGCGACUAGUUUAACUACACUGGUCAAUUAUAGUGGAGUAGAAGCAGAAGCAUUUCAAGGGACUGUGGCUCAGAAAAAAGGGACCAGGAGGCCCCGACAUCAAACCAUAACCUAAGUGCAAACUCCCACCACCAUCUCUGUUGGCAGAAGUCUAGUGGCGUGGGGCCUUGUUAUGUGGUUUCUGACCAUUCUGUCCGAGCCUAUCAAAGAAUUUAAUAGGGGUUGUCACAAAUGUAAUCAGUGGCGUUUUGGGGCCCCCACUCAGUCCUGGGGCCCAGGCAAUGUUGUUCUUUGCCCACCCUGUUGAAACACCCCUGCUACUCAGUAAAAUAAACUGAAAAAGUACUUUAAAA